AAAGAGUUGGCCUAUCAGCCAAUGGGGAGAAAGCAGCGAGAGCGGUUGCGCAGAGAAGACUGAAACCGAUUUACUGGAGUUGCACAUUGAGGGUCCUAGUACAUCGCAAAUAUGUCUAUUAUGUCCUAUAAUGGAGGGGCCGUCAUGGCCAUGAAGGGGAAGAACUGUGUGGCCAUCGCUGCAGACAGGCGCUUCGGGAUCCAAGCCCAGAUGGUGACCACGGACUUCCAGAAGAUCUUUCCCAUGGGAGACCGUUUGUACAUCGGUCUGGCCGGCCUCGCCACUGAUGUCCAGACAGUUGCCCAGCGCCUCAAGUUCCGGCUGAACCUGUAUGAGUUAAAGGAAGGUCGGCAGAUCAAACCUUAUACCCUCAUGAGUAUGGUGGCCAACCUUUUGUAUGAGAAACGGUUUGGUCCCUACUACACUGAGCCAGUCAUUGCUGGGUUGGACCCGAAGACCUUUAAGCCCUUCAUUUGCUCUCUAGACCUCAUUGGCUGCCCCAUGGUGACUGAUGACUUUGUGGUCAGUGGCACCUGCGCUGAACAAAUGUAUGGGAUGUGUGAGUCCCUCUGGGAGCCUAACAUGGAUCCAGAACACCUGUUUGAAACAAUCUCCCAAGCCAUGCUGAAUGCCGUGGACCGGGAUGCAGUGUCAGGCAUGGGAGUCAUUGUCCACAUCAUGGCUGUCACUAGGAACCUAUAGUAAUUGGAUAGAAUAGAAAAGUGUCCUCCCAGCUACUUUCAUACAUUCCAGAGUAAGCAUUUGGGUCCUUAUGGGAUAGCCUCCUUAAUUACCGGGAAAAAACACAGAAUUUUACCCCACAAGGUUCUCUUCUAUUCAUUGUGGUGAAGCCCACCACACUUUCUCUUUGUUCUUGUUAUUUGUUCUCUGGGCCUGGGGAACUCCUUCCCUUCUCUGGAGGCAUUCACAGCCCAGCCUCGAAUCAUUUUCUGGAAAAGCUUCCCUGGGGUGGUUUCAUUUCUGGAAAGUCUCUGUUCUUCCUUCCUCAUGGCAAAUGGAGAAGACAAGUUAACAUGGCUGUGCUGGAGGACAAUUGGACUCUGAGUUAGCAGGGCAAAUGUCUGUUCUGCUUCUCUGCCUGGGGCCCAGGGGUUGGAGCUGAGGGCUGGAGAGGGAGGAGCAGUCAGUCUAGAUGGUACAGAGGUUUUCUUGUCA